AUGGACGACACAAUGGCCAAGAACAAGAACAAGAAGGGUCAGGCCCAACAGCAGCAGCAGCAACAAGGCGAGGGCUCCAAGCCUGAAGAGACAAAGCCCGAAGGAACAACGCCCGUCGGCGAGUUCGGCAACCCCACGGAGAGCAUGGGCAACAGCGACAACGAGAAGAAGGCCGAGGAGAACGCGCCUGGAGGCGUUUCCGAGGAGCAGAAGCCCGAGGAGUCCAAGCCCGAGCAGCAGCAGAAGAGCGAAGAAGAGAAGAAGCCCUUCGGCGAGCAGCAAUCACCAUCAACAGAUGACAAGAAGACCGACGAGAAGCCGACAGACGACAAGACCAAGAAGCCCGAGGACCAACAACAACAAGAGAAAAAACCCGGUCAAGAAGCCGACAAGAAGUCGCAACAGCAGCCCCAGGUCCAGGACGAGGAGCCCGAAUCCACCGUCGACAAUGACAAGAAACCCGAGCAGCAGUCCAAGGACCAAGACCCCGCAAAGGUGCGCUCGCGAGAUUCGGGACGAACCGAGCAGGAGCAAGCCGCCGAGGAGCCUUCCGAGCUGCAGGAGGGUGAGGAGGGCGGCGAAUACUACGAUGAUGAGGAGGGCGGCGAGUACUACGACGACGAAGAGGGUGAGGACGGCGAAGUCUACGAUGAUGACUACUACUCCGGCGACGACCAGGAUGAUGAGGAGGGCGAUUACUCCGACGAAGACGAUUACGACGACGAGGAAGAGGAGGGCGAGGGUUCAGACGCCGCCGCCGCCGACAACUACACGACGACGCAGCCGAAAUCUGGCGGUCGCAAUCGCGGACAAAACGAUCCGUACCAGCGCAACAACCAGAUGAUGCAGCGCGGCGGGCGCCAGCAGCAGGGCGCCGAGGACAACUACCGCCAGCAGCAGAUGAUGCAGCAGCAGCAGAUGCAACAACAGCAGCAACAGAUGCAGCAGGGCGGUGGUGACAGCGGCGGAAAGAACCCGCUCAAGCUCAGGCUCGAUCUGAACCUGGAUAUCGAGAUCACGUUGAAGGCUAAGAUCCAUGGUGAUCUGACCCUGGCAUUGCUGUAA